GUGACACAGAACACACAAUCAUUGUCAAUGCCAUUCCCGCUUGAGAAUCAACGGUCAUCUAAUGUCAAAAUUUGUUUUUCAAAUAUCCAACCGUAACGGUAAUUUCGGUAUUCUUUUUAUAAAAACUAUAAUACACACAAUACCAAAAAAGUCGUAGCAAAGUUAUAAUGUUGUAAAAUAGUUUACAAAUAUUAAGCACAAUGGAUUUCAAAUAUAUCAACGACAGGAACAUAACACCAAAAAAUACAGGCAUAUUUUCUAGCACCCUAACUAACGCAGGAGAGAAUAGCCCUAUAAGCCUUUUACCAACCAAUUCGACACCUCCUACGAGGAAUUCCACGAUUUUCAACCCUUUUGAACAACAGCUAAUACACAGACUACAUUUACCAGUAUUCAGCCCUUCAGUAUUUGCAAAGGUAUCAACUCCAAAUAAAUCUCAAGACAAGUUCAAAUGGACCAUUGAAGAUAUAUCUAGUCUCAAGCCAGCUGAUAUUGACGACACAGUUAGCCAGCAUGUGUUGGAAGAAGACCCCCAGGUGGAGUCUUUGAUCCAGCAAAGGAUAGAAGCAUUCUUCAGUAGCGAACAUGUGAUAGUCCCUAGUCCAGAUAACGGAUCUAUAAAUCCAGAAAGACUGCUUGAAUCCAUGGAUUCCGACACAACGCCAAAAAGAUUUAUUCCACAUAAUAGAAAAAUUUACUCACCAUCGUCGGCAAAAAGUGGUAAUGCAACAUACGACACUGAAGAUCAAGACAUGAUGAGUACUUCCGAUCUACACCAACGCCUUUUUGAUUUUGAAGACCAAAAUUCAUCGCCGGCCAUCUCAACAGGCAUGUCGCCGAUACAGUUCUCCCCGUUGAGCGAUCGUCUGGUAGAAGAAUUGGUUGUUGGUUCGCGUUUCGAAUGCCCUAUCUCACCCAUCGCAAAAAAACCCUCGUCGAUCAUAUCUAGUCCUUUAAUCCGACGGGGCAGCAGGUCGGCUUGCAGAUUGGACUUUACCCAGGUCAGCAUGGAGUGUUGCGAGGAAAUUGAAGAAGCGGCGGUAGUUCCGGAUGUUGAUGACGUUAAGCUUGAUGAAGAAAUAUACGAUUCAGAGCCGGAUUUCAACAGCCUCGAGAACUGACUGACUAUCGGGAUUUGAGGUUGGCUAAUAAUCAUAUAUCAACAUCAAUAAGUAUAGGCGGUUGUACACUUGAUUGGAAACAAAUACGCAAACGAAAAUAGUCGUUUCGCAUGUUGCUGUAUUAUUUACGAAGAUAGGCGGCCAAAUGAAAUGUCGAGCAAUAAAUUUGUCUAAAAAAAUAUUUUUUUCUCAGACAGGGGAAAACGCCAUAUUCGGCCCAUAUAUUAAUGUGCUUUGACGUCAUACCAUUUGUAAACAGCAUCUGACAGCAGCAUAACCUUUCAAACAUAUAAACAUCACUUCUAUCAGUGUACAUGUAAUAUAGUAAUUAUGGUUAUUGUGUCAUCCGAGACUGUGAAAAUACAUCGAUAAAGAUCCCAGGAAAGCUGUGUCUUAGAGUAACUAGAGAAAUAAAUAUACGCAACACUGUGAUUGCUUGCCUUAUGUUCGAGUUAUAUUUUAGAUUUUGCUCUGCAGAUUCUGUCGUCUCGUUUGAGUUGGACGUUACUUACGGAACAAUAGAAAUCUAGAAAUACCCCAGCCUUUCUGAAGAAAAGAAAGGCCAUAAAGGCGUUCUACAAUUGUAGGAACGACUGAGGAUACGGCUCUUAUUUUUUCUUUUUAUGUCUAUCAUUAUAUCAGAUGCACUGUACAUAUUUUCAUAGAAGUCUUGAUGUUCCUCAGCUAAGCAGAGCAGAAAUCUGGGUUGAAGGCAAAAAAAUGACUAACGAUCAAUGUGUCAAUUUUCGGCAAAUUUGUGCUUUGUGUUUUUACGAAUCCAAUGGCUUUGGUUAUUUUUUUUCAAUUAAACGAGAAAACGAUUUCACUUUUUACGUUGAUUACGGGUUUUUAUAAAUACUUGAAGGAGACAACAUUAGUCCACGAGUGGCAUACGGAUGACGUUUUUUUGUUUACAAUUUGUAUGACGUCACAUCAUGGCCGUUUCAUACUAAAAAAAUCUUGCGCUGUUAAAAAUUGGAAUCGAUAUAUUCCGUUUUCCUAAGCCAAAUACUGUAAGAGAUAUCCAUUUAUUCUAUGAAAAUAGAUACAAGUGAGGUAGGUAGCAUUCUGAUACAGUACAAAUCCGUGCAAAGGAUAAAUUCUAUCUUGAUAUUUUGUUGACUGUUUUACCUAGUUUUAUCAUCUUCACGUUAUUCAUCAGUUCAUUUUUAAUUACAAGUUAAUACGUCAAAUGCCAUUUACGUGUAACAGUAUCAGUCAUUAUUCCAUAUUUUUCCCAUACAACGCUAUUAAAAAAUUGGGUUGAUUAAAAAAACAAUUCUUUAUAUUCAAGGAGAGAUACAUGACUUCAUUGAAUUAUGGAUCUCAAAGAUUUCUGUGAUAAAUAUGUUCGAUAAAAUUCAUACUUUAUCAUAAACGAAUUGUCAUCAAAAUACAAAAACAGGUAAUUCUACUGUUUCUGUCAUCUUUCAUAUGUUGACAAACGCACGAAUAGAAAGCAUUGACAGAUUUACUGGAUUGAGUGAUUUGAUGGAUUUGUUAUUGACAGCUUUUGCAUGAUAGCAAGCACGUCGCUGAACUCCUAUGGGAUCUGCGUAAGCAUAAUAUUUUCAUUUAUUUGUUGGAGCACGUAGGGUACAGACUGGUGUAUCUAUUAAAUUAUUUAUUCUAUUCUUUACUCUCAGUCUGGUUGAUUGUACAGCCGCCUUGUAUAUAAUAUCAAUUUCGUUCCAUUUUAAUCGAAAGUAGUUUUAGCAUUUGUUAAACCUACUACUGGGUAUUUUAGUUUUAUAUUUUCAUUUAUAAAAUUGUAGCAUUGUCACUUAUUAAUUAUCACAACUACACUGCCAUAUCGGAUAGAGAAUAUAGCGUAAUAUGUUACUAUUGUAUUUUAUAUUAUAUGUGC